CGCUUGCCCCUGCCCAAAGGCCUGUGGCCUCGACGUGAGCACACCAACCGAUUGCUGUCGUCUCAAGCAGCUCUUGGGCGUUCCCUCAGUCUGGAAACAACUCGACUGAACUGCUCGCUUGCCCUUUCCAAGCCAUGGGCCCCAGGCAUCCGCGAGGUGCCUGCAACUUUCUGCCCACUCGCCACCGUUCGCCAUCUCACCGUUUGUUGCUCUCAAAAUGAACGCGGCAAUGCCCAUGGGGUUCUUUGCGAACACCCAAGAGAUCUACGAUGAGGUGGCAAGUUACCCAGUGGUCCCUCCUGAGAAGAUCAAGGAGUACUGGAAUGCUUAUACCACCACGUUCCGGAGGCUUUUCGAUCCCAGCGCUUUCCGUUUGGAAUACUUCUGGUGGCAUGUCUGGGGGAGCGACCGACUACGAAACCUGAGCGGCCCAGCAUUGGCCAGGCUCUUCAGGGAGUUUUCGAAUGGCCCGACUUUUGUCCCGCUCCCCUCCCCUGCCAGCCGCAACGCUGCCCAACUGGCACAUGGUGCGGCUGCGACCCAAAUGACUGGACACGAGCCCGAAGCGGGUCCAGCCCGAAGUGUUCAGUCAGGCCAAGGAUCGGCACCCGGAGAGGGCAAAAAGGAGCCUACCCCUUCGUCUUCCAGACCGCCUCCGCCGCACCCUAUUCUGAAAAAGGCCAGGGGGCCGUCUACAUCUGGUAGGCGACCCACUGCACGAUUCUUAUCGCCACCAGCCUCCGGGGACGAAGCGGUGCAUGAUGACGAAGCGGCAUCGACCAGCACCGCGGCGGCCGCGUCAGAGAUGUCCUCCCCGCCCCUCCCCUCGUCAUCGAAGCAAGAGCAGAUCGUUGCUCCUACAACGGCACCGCCUGCAACGAGCUCAACUGCCUUACCGCCUGAAGCUCAGUCAGUGGCCUCUCCAACAACAGGGUCGGCUGUAUCUGAGGGGACAAUGCGACCGCCUGCCCUUAUUUCAUCAUCCAGAGGCGAGAAAUCGGCAGGUAAUAAUAGCAGGAAGGUUGUGGCUGUUGCUGCAGCAUCGAGAAGGAAGCCGGUGAUGAUGGCCCGAAGGCCAAGCUCGCACUCGUCUGACGGAUCUGAUACUGGUCUGCGGGUGCCUGGGUUUUAUACGGCUUCUAAACGUUCCGUCUCAAGGCCGUCAGCCCCAACUCCCUCACAGCUGUUGGGUGAGAGCUCCUUGUCAUCGCAGUCGAGCGAACCUGGAAUCAGCGCCAAGGCCGCUGGGAAGCGCCCAGAAAUGGCACCAACAAGCAAAUUGCCCGACCCUGGAAGCAACCCCUCUCAGCUCAACAGCCGCGUUGGUCAGGUCGACGGGACACAGCAGCAAGCGCAACCCAUCGGGCCACAGCGGCGAUCGACGUGGGAUGUGAGGGACAGUGUUGCAUCCCAGGGGACAAGGCUCCAGCUUGCUGCGCCUGUGUCCGUUGCCUCGCCGAUUGCAGGAUUCGUGGCAGGCCAGGCAAUAAGACCUGAAACACCCCCGAUGUUGCUGCCUUCCCGUGUUAACCCUGCUGAAGGCCCCCGUCGACUUCGAGAACCCAGCGCGGUGCUUCUCCCCUCGCAAGCCACGAGCAGUGUUGCAACGUCCACUACGACAGCUCGUGGCCAGUUCGGCUCUGAGAUAGUCACAACACAGCCCAUCGUCCCUGAGAGCCGGGACAUACCGGAUCAGGGAUCGUUCGGCCCCCGGUUGGUUCCUUCAGUUCUCGACAAGAGAUUCAAGCCGACACCCCCAAAUCCGGCACCACCUAUCCCCUUCGGGCGGUCACGGAGUGAGCUCACUUUGCUCUUGGAACGCGGAAAGCCAAAGAAGAAUGAAGGCACUUAGAAGGAUGCUUUUUCACUGCGGCCCACCCCACAAGAUCCGCAAGAGGACUGACGACUUGACAUGCACCGCCCUGGACGACGGACGAGGGAGUGAAUCCCGAUAUUCUCGCUCGUCAGUCCAAAGACAUGUGAGGGGUGCGAAUGAUAUCUUCUGCAGUCCUCCCUUUUAGGAGUUGCUAACCCUUGCUGAACCGUUUCCUCUUCCCAUACAUGCAUAGCAUAGGCGU